UAUCACUUAGUUUCUGCUAUCUUAUCAGCAAUGUCUUUAUGAACAUUCUAUGUAAUUGUAUUUUUGUUAAAUGUCCACACAUUUCCUCAUUUAUUACAUCUAACUACACACCAAAUAGCGCAGAAAAAUACAACACAGGAAUCUCUCUUGAAUGGUCAUGGAAUGAAAAAAAGGUUAGAUGUGGCUGGAGGAUGAUUUCAUCAAAGAAGACAUGUGACAUCAAUGGUAUAAUCUUGAAGUAAUUUCUAAAAUUAUCAAGAAAAGAUUUACGUUUAUAGUUUAUGACUGGCAGACAACAUUAUGGAGGAAACCGUAUGUAAGAGUGAGGUUCCCAUUGAAACAGACACUCAUAAGAAAGAUUUAUCUCCUAAGAUGCAGACAGAAACACUGAAGAAAUCACACACUUGUGAUGUGUGUUUCAAACUCUUCAACGACAUGGAAAGUUUGAUAAAUCACAAAUAUAUCCACAUAGAUAAAAAGCCGUACAAGUGUGACACCUGUGAUAAAACAUUCUCACGGAAAACUAAGUUAACUCUCCACGAGCUUACACAUGUGAGUGAAAGCCCAAGCUAUUGUGAUGUCUGUGGCAAAACAUUCAUGUCACUAGACAGUUUAUGUAAUCAUAAAUGUAUUCCGUCAGAGAAUAAGGUGUACCAUUGUGAUAUCUGUGGUAGAAAAUUUUCUAAAAGUAAAGUUUUAGCUAGCCAUAAGUGCACUCACACUGAUGAGAAACCAUAUGAAUGUGAUAUCUGUGGUAAGGUGUUCUCUAAAAUUGUGAGUUUAAAUUAUCACAAGCAUAUUCACUCAGGAGAGAAACCAUACAAAUGUGAUAGCUGUAGCAGUGCAUUUUCUCGGAAAGAAUACUUGAAACGUCACAGACGUAUUCAUACUGGGGAAAAGCCAUAUGAAUGUGAGAUCUGUGGUAAAUCAUUCUCUGGUAGUGCAAAUCUAACUUGUCAUAAACGUAAACAUACAGGUGAAAAACCAUACGAGUGUAAUAUCUGUGGUAAAACAUUCUCAACAACUGGAAAUUUAUCAUGCCAUAAACGUAUUCAUUCGGAUAAGAAGCCAUACAAGUGUGAUAUCUGUGGUAAAGCAUUCUCUCAACGUGGCCAUUUAACUAAUCAUCAAACUGUUCACACAGGUGAGAAACCAUUCAGCUGUGAUGUCUGCAGUAAAACAUUUUCAAUUACUGGAGAUUUAACUCGUCACAAACGCAUUCACACUGUUGAGAGACCUUUCCCGUGUGACGUCUGUGAUAAAAAGUUCACAACCAGUGAAAAUUUAGCUUCUCAUAAACUUAUUCACUCAGAGAAAUCUCAUGAGUGUGAUAUCUGUGGUAAGAUAUUCUCAAGGAAAAGAUAUUUAAUUAGACACAAACGUAUCCACAAUAAGAAGAAACCUUACAACUGUGAUAUCUGUGGUAAAUCAUUCCCUAUCCAUGCAGAUUUUGCUAUUCACAAGCAUGUUCACACUGGUCAGAAAUUGCACAAGUGUGAUAUCUGUAAUAAAGUAUUUGCACAGAAGAGGUAUUUACUUAGGCACAAACGUACUCAUAAAGGUGAGGAAUCUUACCAAAGUAAUGAUAUCUCUGGUGAGAAAUUAACUGAAAGUGAAAAGUCAACAUCUCAUAAUAAAGAUAUUCACACAGACAACUCAAACCAGUGUGAUGUCUGUGGUAAAGUAUUUGCACUGAAAAGAUAUUUAAUUAGGCACAAACAUAUUCACACAAAUGAUUACCAUUGUGACAUAUGUGGUAAAACAUUCUCUCGAAAUUACUAUUUGGUGCUUCAUAAACGUACUCACAAUGGAGAAAAACCAUAUUCUUGUGAUAUUUGUGGUAAGACAUUCUCUACAAGUAACAUUUUAACAGAGCAUAAAUGUAUUCGCACAAAUGAACAACCAUACCAAAAUGAUGUCUAUUGUAACCAAUUCUCACAUAACAAUACUAUAGAUAUUCACCAUCAGAAAAGUAAAGAGUUCUUUAGUGCACCACAAAGCCUGGAAGCUCCCUUGCCUCCCAAACUGCAGCAGAGUCAUUUGGUUCCUUGCCAAGAGAAUUCAUGGAAUCCUCCACCUCACCAAUAUACAACACACCCACUGUAAAGACUUCUACAUUUCUCGUGUGUAUCAUUUCCAGUUCUACACUGACCUCAACAAAUCUUCUUCAUGAUGCCUCCUGUUUCACCACCACAAAUACAUUCGUUUUAAAAAGAAACACUUGUGCAGAUGAAUCCAACCAUCAUUCUUAAAAUUUCUCCAUACAGCAACAUCCAUGUUCAAACUAAACACCUCACAUCAGGAUUCAUGAAAGCACCAUUAACAGGAAAUAUGGUAACACGGUGUCUUUCAUCAGCACAAAGAAAUAAAUCAGUAAAAGUCUUGAACCUCAUCUUCACUAAUCUUGACCAACAGACGACUGGAAACCUUAAAGUCCCCCAAAAUACAAGGCAUCUCAGUCUUGAGUGAUUUUUCAUAGCAAUCUCUUGCACUAAAAUACUUCACCUAAUUUACUGCCUGGAUCUGUAGCCUGCUGUAGGCAUAAAGAUACUUGGAGUGAGACCCAACUAAUUUCUAAAAGUCACUGGUUCACAGCCUCUUCAUUUAGAUUUAAUGACUAUCACUAUCCAGAAUUAAUCACCAAGUGGUGUAGAUAUGACAAAAAAUGCAAACUUUCAUUUGCAUAGUCAUGAGGACAAAAUACAAACUAAAAAUGCUUGACCUGAAGUCAAGGUGACCAAAUGUAUUUUUGAGGGAAUGAACUUUGCUCUGUAGUGGGUGCAUAAUUUUUCUUAUACCAUUGUGAUAUCUAUGGUAAAACAUUCGUGUGGAACAGGCAUUUUAUUUGGCUCCUUAGCAUAACCAUGCAGUCGAUAAAUUAUAUGUUUAUACUGUGAUAAAAUGCAGUAUAAAAUUCUCACUGACCAAUACAUUAACGCUUUGUAAACAUACUCAUAGAGGUCAUAUUUUUCUGGUAAAAUAUUCAGUAGUAACUGUCUUUUUUUAAUUUUUAACUAAUCUCAAAUAUAUUAACCCAGUGGUGAAACUAUUGUUGUCAUAACUGGAGAGUAUUGCAUGAUGAAAGAAACUGUUACAUCAUAAUAAUAUAUAAUAAUAGGGUGCCUAUAGAUGUUUUAUAUCAGAAUUUAUAGUAAAUCUUGGGGAAAAUGGAUGAAAUAGUAUAUUGUGUUAUUGUGACAUUUUGAUAGAAUGAUGUUAGAGAAUGUCCUUUGCCUGUCCUGUGUAUCACAUUUUUGCGAGACAUUUCCCUGGUGUCUGCACAUCAUAUAUAAUAUGCAUUUCCAAUUUUUUCAACCACCACAGUAAAAAUGGUUUAAUGAAAAACCUGAGAACUUGGACAUUUAGGACAAACUCACAGAAAUGCUUUGGACAGGUGAAAAAUUACCCCCCCCCCCCAAAAAAAAACGAAAAAAAAGAAA